UCAUAUUCUUCCGCUAUGUUCACAGUCCUGAACCCCAGCGAUUACAGCCCAGCCCAGCAGCAACAGGAUGGCCUCGACUUCGGAAAAAACUCUUCCUUCCUUGGGAUCCACCACUCUAGCUCAAAUGAUCAGUGUGAAACCGAAGGCAACCUUAAAGGGACCCAGGGCCGGGUCAAGAGACCCUUGAAUGCUUUCAUGGUGUGGUCUCGCGACCAGCGGCGCAAGAUGGCUCUGGAGAACCCCAGCAUGCGAAAUUCAGAGAUCAGCAAGCGGCUGGGAUACCGGUGGAAAACGCUUACAGAAGCCGAAAAAUGGCCAUUCUUCCAAGAGGCACUGAGACUACAGGCCAUGCACAGAGAGAAAUACCCGAACUACAAGUAUCGGCCUCGCAGGAAGGCUAAGACGCAACAGAAGACUGGCAGCAGUUCGCUGCCCGAAGAGCCCCCAUUAAAACUGUGCAGCCAGGCGUCCGUGGACGCGAGGCUGCACAACCUUGGGCAGCCAGAGCGCAGUUCAGAAAACCUGCACUGA